AUGGCCACAAAUCUAGGCUCCCUCGAAACAUGCAAACCAUGCAACAACCACAUAGCAUCUCCCCCAAACGGCACCGUUUCAACCAUCCAAAAAUCCACUUCAUCAACCACCUUAGCCUCAUCAGAAUCCACCUUAGGCAGCCACCUAGCCCGGCGGUUAGUCGAAGUCGGAGUCACCGACGUUUUCACCGUUCCGGGAGACUUCAACUUAACAUUGCUCGACUACCUGAUCGCCGAGCCGAAACUGAAAAACAUUGGUUGUUGUAACGAACUCAAUGCUGGAUACGCUGCUGAUGGAUACGCGCGGGCUAGGGGCGUGGGCGCGUGCGUUGUUACUUUUACCGUUGGUGGAUUAAGUGUGAUCAAUGCUAUUGCUGGUGCUUAUAGUGAGAAUUUGCCAGUGAUUUGCAUUGUUGGUGGUCCUAAUUCUAAUGAUUUUGGAACUAAUAGAAUUCUUCAUCAUACUAUUGGUUUGCCUGAUUUCAGCCAAGAACUCAGAUGUUUCCAAACUGUUACUUGCCACCAGGCUGUGGUGAAUAAUUUGGAAGAUGCUCAUGAAAUGAUUGAUACUGCAAUCUCAACAGCAUUGAAAGAAAGCAAGCCUGUCUAUAUAAGCAUAAGCUGUAAUUUAGCUGGAAUUCCUCACCCUACUUUCAGUCGGGAACCUGUUCCAUUUUCGCUAUCUCCGAAAUUGAGUAAUAAGAUGGGGUUGGAGGCAGCAGUGGAAGCAGCGGCGGAGUUUCUAAAUAAAGCAGUAAAACCAGUGCUAGUAGCUGGUCCGAAACUAAGAGUAGCAAAAGCAUCUGAAGCUUUUACUGAACUAGCUGAUAAAAGUGCUUAUCCAUAUUCAGUUAUGCCAUCAGCAAAAGGACUGGUCCCUGAGAAUCACCAACAUUUCAUUGGAACAUUUUGGGGUGCAGUGAGUACUUCAUUCUGCGCUGAGAUUGUCGAAUCAGCAGACGCGUACUUGUUUGCUGGACCGAUUUUCAACGAUUACAGUUCUGUUGGUUACUCACUUCUUUUGAAGAAGGAAAAAUCUAUUAUUGUUGAGCCUAAUAGGGUUGUGAUCGGAAAUGGUCUUGCUUUUGGGUGUAUUUUGAUGAAGGAUUUUCUUAGCGCGCUCGCGAAGCGUAUUAAGAGGAAUAAUACUGCUUAUGAAAAUUAUCAUAGGAUAUUCGUUCCUGAAGGCGUGCCUCUGAAAUCUGAACAAGGAGAACCUUUGAGGGUUAAUGUUCUUUUUCAACAUAUUCAGAAUAUGUUAUCUGGUAAAACUGCUGUUAUUGCUGAGACAGGAGAUUCUUGGUUUAACUGCCAAAAGCUGAAAUUGCCAGAAGGAUGUGGGUAUGAGUUCCAAAUGCAAUAUGGAUCAAUUGGAUGGUCUGUUGGUGCAACUCUUGGUUAUGCACAAGCUGUUCCGAGUAAGCGAGUGAUUGCUUGCAUUGGUGAUGGAAGCUUUCAGGUGACAGCACAGGAUGUGUCCACAAUGCUGAGAUGUGGACAGAAGACCAUAAUCUUCUUGAUUAACAACGGUGGUUAUACUAUUGAAGUUGAAAUUCAUGAUGGACCAUACAACGUGAUUAAAAAUUGGAACUAUACUGGCUUGGUUGAUGCAAUCCACAAUGGUCAAGGAAAGUGCUGGACCACUAAGGUCACUUGCGAAGAGGAGCUUGUUGAAGCAAUUGAGACAGCAACAGAAGAAAAGAAGGAUAGUUUCUGCUUCAUUGAAGUGAUUGCUCACAAGGAUGACACAAGCAAAGAGUUGCUUGAAUGGGGAUCAAGGGUCUCUUCUGCAAAUAGUCGUCCUCCUAAUCCUCAGUGA